AUGUCCUUUGUCAAGCUCAGCAUAUUCGGCACGUCCUUCGAGGUCACCACGCGCUAUGUUGACCUUCAACCGGUCGGAAUGGGUGCCUUCGGUCUUGUCUGCUCCGCCAAGGACCAGCUUACUGGCUCCUCUGUCGCAGUAAAGAAGAUCAUGAAGCCCUUCUCCACCCCCGUCCUCAGCAAGCGCACCUAUCGUGAGCUCAAGCUCCUCAAGCACAUCCAACAUGAGAAUAUCAUCAGCCUCAGCGAUGUCUUCAUAUCUCCUCUUGAAGACAUUUACUUCGUCACUGAGCUCCUCGGAACCGACCUUCACCGACUUCUCACCUCCCGUCCUCUCGAGAAGCAGUUCAUCCAGUACUUCCUCUACCAAAUUCUUCGCGGUCUCAAGUACGUCCAUUCGGCUGGAGUGGUCCACCGCGACCUCAAACCAAGCAAUAUCCUCAUCAACGAGAACUGCGAUCUCAAGAUUUGCGAUUUUGGUUUGGCUCGGAUCCAAGAUCCUCAAAUGACGGGCUAUGUCUCAACCCGCUACUACCGCGCACCCGAGAUCAUGCUUACUUGGCAGAAGUACGACGUUGCUGUUGACAUCUGGAGUGCUGGCUGCAUCUUCGCUGAGAUGCUCGAGGGCAAGCCCCUCUUCCCGGGCAAAGAUCACGUUCAUCAGUUCUCUAUCAUCACCGAGAUGCUCGGAACGCCCCCGGAGGAUGUCAUCCAGACGAUUGCCAGCGAGAACACUCUCCGCUUUGUUCAGAGCCUGCCGAAGCGCGAACGUGUGCCGUUCAACGAGAAGCUGUCCUGCAAUGAUCCAGUCGCCAUCGAUCUUCUUGAAAAGAUGCUCGUCUUCGACCCGAAGAAACGUGUGACCGCCACCGAGUCGUUGUCGCACGAGUACGUAUCACCAUACCACGAUCCCACGGACGAGCCCGAGGCUGCGGAGAAGUUCGACUGGAGCUUCAACGAUGCGGACCUUCCCGUCGAUACCUGGAAGGUGAUGAUGUACAGCGAAAUUCUCGACUUCCACCAAGUUGGCGACUCUCGUCUAACUGGCGGCGUCCCGGAAGGCGCCCUCGCCGGACCGGAAGAUCAUGUCACCGCCGUUGCCGCAGCCGCAUGA